GAGUGAGCAGUCCUGCACGAUGCCACAAACCCGGCGGAGAUCGGAGAGGAAGGAGAGAGAGAGAGAGAAGGAGAGAGGACAGGACGCAGUGGCGCAGCCGCGCAUGCAGAGAGAAAGCGAGGAGACACAGUCAACGUGUUUGAGUGAAGAAACGCUCAGUGUGCGCGAGGAGACUGAAGAGGCUGCACGUUUGUUUCUCCUCAUCAGACUUUACGCACGCAGCGCACGCACACCGGAGCUCCUGACCAGUGUUUUGCGCAAAAAGCGGACAGUCAUCGAAAAGUAUAAGGACACGCGUUGGGACAAUAUUUUUUGUGUCUUACUCACAGGUGGUUUUGACAUGUAAACGCGCCACUUGGGGCAAAAGAGUUGGGAGUAUUUUUUCCCUCCGCAGAUGGAAAAAGACGCGAGUUUCUUUUAUUAGUUUAUUUGUUAUUUGUUUUUCUGUUUCUUUUUUUUUUUUUGCGUUUUGAAGAAGUGAUUUAUCAUUUCUUUGCAAUUUGUGAUUCUGCGCAUCAGCUUGUGUGAGGUUUUAUCCCCCACGCGCGUUUCGCUCGACUCAGUGGACACCGUGCCUGCGAGCACCGGCAUGGGUUUCCCGGUCUUAAAAAUGUGGUUAUUGGACAAACUGCGCUGAUAACAGAUGUAGACGCGCGGUGUCUCACGCCGACACACGUUUAAGUUAAAAAGCAGUCUUGAUAUUCUUGGAGAGCAGCGAGAGCGCAGCUCGGCGUUUGUGCUGGAGUUUUGGACACGAGUCUUGUUGCGCUUAAGAGGAUCAGAAACCUGAGAGACUGUGGAGCUUGUUCCGUCUCUGAUACAGAAUAAAAACCACAGACGAAGAUAACGGACGAUUUUCUCCAUAUUCGAGGGGAAAGAUGGAUGUAUUCAUUUGGCUCUGUGGAUGUUUACUGGCGUUUCUCUGGCCUCCAGCGGUCACCGCAGAGGAAGGAGCAUCGGAACCAUGCGGGGGCUACUUAGAUGCCAGCGAUGCCGGAUACAUCACCACACCGGGCUACCCGCUGGAGUACCCGCCUCACCAGAACUGUCGCUGGGUCAUCACUGCUCCUGAGCCUUCACAGCGCAUCGUCCUCAACUUUAACCCGCACUUUGAGAUCGAGAAACUGGACUGCAGGUACGACUACGUAGAGAUUCACGAUGGAAACUCGGAGGCGGCCGACUUACUCGGGAAGCACUGCAGCAACAUCGCUCCUGCACCGAUCAUAUCGUCAGGCCCCUCGCUCCACAUCAAGUUUGUGUCAGACUACGCCCACCAAGGGGCGGGCUUCUCACUGCGCUAUGAAAUCUUCAAAACUGGUUCAGACUGCUCACGUAACUUCACCAGUCCCUCAGGUCUCAUCGAGUCUCCAGGCUUUCCAGACAAAUACCCCCACAACCUGGAGUGUUCCUUCAUCAUCAUCGUCCCCCCCAGCAUGGAUGUCACGCUCAGCUUCCUCACCUUUGACCUGGAGAAUGACCCCCUGCCAGGCGGAGAAGGGGACUGCAAGUACGACUGGCUGGAAGUUUGGGACGGACUCCCCGGAGUGGGCCCUCUGAUUGGCCGCUACUGUGGGACCAGAGUGCCUCCUGAGAUUCAGUCGUCCACUGGGAUUCUCUCCCUGUCCUUCCACACUGACAUGGCCGUGGCAAAGGACGGCUUCUCGGCGCGGUACAACAUGACGCACAAAGAAGUCAGUGAGACUUUCCAUUGCAGUAACGCCUUUGGUAUGGAGUCAGGAAAGAUCACAGAUGACCAGAUCACAGCCUCAUCCAGUUUUUAUGAUGAACACUGGCUGCCACGACAGGCCCGACUCAAUUAUCACGACAAUGGGUGGACGCCCAAUGAAGACAGCAACAAGGAGUAUAUACAGGUGGAUCUCCACACUCUGAAGGUGCUGACAGGCAUCGCCACGCAGGGCGCCAUUUCCAAGGAAACCGAAAAGGCGUACCACGUCACCACCUUCAAGCUGGAGGUCAGCACCAAUGGAGAGGACUGGAUGGUCUACAGACAUGGCAAGAAUCAUAAGGUUUUCCAUGCCAAUGUCGACGCCACAGAGGUGGUUCUCAACCGGAUCCCACAGCCGGUCCUGGCUCGCUUCGUACGAAUCAGACCUCAGACGUGGAAGAACGGCAUUGCACUGCGGUUUGAGCUUUACGGCUGUCAGAUCACUGACGCUCCCUGCUCAGAACUGCAAGGCAUGUUGUCUGGGCUGCUUCCUGACUCCCAGAUCUCUGCAUCCUCCAUGAGAGACAUCCACGGCUCCAUGAGCGCAGCGCGGCUUGUGGCCAGUCGCACAGGCUGGUAUCCCAACCCGGCACAGCCCAUAGCUGGAGAGGAGUGGCUCCAGGUGGACCUCGGUGUGCCCAAGAUGGUGCGGGGCAUUAUUACCCAGGGUGCAAGAGGGCUGGAGGGCAGCACCAGCGCCGAGAACAGAGCAUUCGUCAGGAAGUACAAACUGGCUCACAGCUUGACCGGCAAAGACUGGGUUUUCAUCACUGACAGCAAGACUGGCUUUACUAAGAUCUUCGAAGGAAACAGCCACUACGACACUCCAGAAGUGCGGAGGUUCGACGAGAUUGUGGCCCAGUACAUCCGGGUCUUCCCAGAGAGGUGGUCGCCUGCCGGGAUUGGCAUGAGGAUGGAGGUCCUCGGCUGUGAUCUGCCAGAAACCACCACUGUGCCCGACACAGUGACCCCCACUGUGCCCAGAGUGGAACUGACAAGUGCUGCAUUGAGACCUGCCACGACUCCAUCCCUGUCAGCGGUGUGUGACUUUGAGCAGAGCUUGUGCGGCUGGUCGGCUGAUCCUCACUCAGGUGUUAGCUGGUCUCUGCACACGGCCGGCAGCGCUUCAGCCGGACAUGACGCGCACGAGACGAGACAGGACCUGGCACUGGGAGCAGACAAUUUCUCCGGGAACUACCUGCACCUAGAUGCAGGUGCCCACACCCAGCGCAAGCGAGCCCGGCUGCUGAGCCCCGAGGUGGGGCCAGAGCGAGGUCCACUCUGCCUCCUCUUCUAUUACCAGAUACAGGGCGAGGCACAGGGGAGCCUGAGGGUCCUGCUGAGGGACAGUGACCAGGAAGAAUCACUGCUAUGGUCUCUGAAAGGAGACCAGGGGUCACACUGGAGGGAGGGCCGCACCGUCCUGCCCCAGAGCCCCAAAGAGUAUCAAGUGGUGUUUGAAGGUUUCUUUGAUCACCCGACCAGAGGCCACAUCCGAAUUGACAACAUCCACAUGAGCAACAGCAUGGAGUUGGAGCAGUGUACACAGCCCUUCCCUGCCUUAACUCCUGGAAUAAACAGGGGUGCCAUGUCUGGAUUGGAGCCUACAGUAGACACAGUGAUGGCGCAGCCCGUCCCCACCUUCUGGUACUAUGUAUUGGCGGGAGUCGGCGCCACCCUGCUGUUGGUCACUGUAACGGUGGUGGUGAUACUGUGCUGCCACCGCUACCACCGGGCAACCAAGAAGACCAGCAGUGGUCACCACCAUCAUCAUCAUCACCAUCAUUCAGUGAUGUACCACAGCAGCCAUCAGCCAAACCUGCAAACUCACCAAAACUGCUACCAGAACCAAAACAUCAACUAUAAUCUGAUCCACAGCCCCAAUCAGAACCACCUGUACCCAGGUACUGGGCCAAGUCAUGAGCCUAUGCUCACCAUCAGACUGGAGAAGGAGGACAGCUGUGAUUCCCAGUGUUGAAACACCUGGACUCUUUGAAUCAUGCCGUUUUAUUAGAAUGGUUCGGUGUGGGAAUUCUCUUACAGGAAUGAUCAGCAGAAUUCCGCCUAAUUGCCCUCACUGAGGAGCCGCUACACUGAGACGCUGUAACUGAUCAGCACUUUUAAUACAUUUCUCUGUUGGCAUGAGCCACGAGAAUGGUACGAAGAGUUAAAAAAACAAAACAAAAGUACAACUUCUGACACUUUUCAAAUAUCGCUCGUCGGGGGAGAAUGACUGAUGAAGGCACCACAGGCUGAAGAUGAGAUGGAACAUGGACAGAAUAACAACGGCGUUACAGGAAGACUGUGGACGAGACGUGUACAGUACAAUGUACACAUGUCAUCUUUGCAACAGCUUAUUUCUCCCUCUUCUGUGCUGCUCCAGUCUGCAGCUUGGACUCUUGCCUGCCUCCAAAUGCCUUGUCUGAGAAUGAAGGGAUUUACACACACACACACACACACAGGUGCAGGCAGAGAGAAGUCACAGUGUGUGCUGCAUCAAAGAAGCAGGCUUUCUUUCUCUGGGACUGAGUGAAGCUGCAGUUUAUUUGUUCACUGGCUUUUCAGAGACUGGAGGUGACAUAGACAGAUAAAGAGGAGAAAAGGGAGAGGUAAAAGGGAGAAUUAGUGCCAAACCGUUCAGCUGUGACUGAUAGACAGCUACGCGUCCACUGUGUUUUGCCUCUUUGGUCUGUGGGCGAGGAGGAGGAACCUGUGCCUGGUUUACACGGAGAAGAUGACACACACACACACACACACACAAAGGCUUAAAAGUCACACAUACAGCAUGCACACACACUUCAAGAUUUUGCAAGUCCCCGCGUAUCAACCUGAGUGCAUUUUUUUAUUACAUCCUGAUAUGCCUUUUUUUUUUCUUUUCUUUUUAAAAGUGCUUUAAAACUAUUACCUCUUCACCUCCAGUACAAGGUUGUGCCUCACGGUCAUGUACAAGUCUGAAGGAUUGCUGCACAGUUUGUUGCCCGGAUCUCAAGGAUAUUAUUCCAUUGCCUGUGUCUGUUAAUGUCCAAAUUGAAUGCAGAAAUGGGGCCGGGUGAAACAAAGCAGCAGAGAAUCUAAAUCAGAUGUUGUUUUGAGUGUUUGGAACUGCAGGUGUGCAUGGUGUAAUCUUCAUCCUGUUGCCCAUCAUCCAUCAAAUCCUGAGUAUAAUGGUGGAUUAUGAAUCUAGUUGUGCGUUUUCAGCAGAUUAGCCUGGAAAGUUAGAAUAUAUACAGUGUGCAUUUUAAACAGGUGAGACCAAACAAGCUGUGACAAAGAGUAUCUCACUCUUUUUUCAGGAAAUCACUGACUGAAAUGACCCGGUCAGUUCUUUUGAAGCUAAUUUCAUCACCGCGGUCUGUUAAACAUGAUAAACAUCAGUGCAACAUAUAUUGUCAGUUUAAUUUUUACUUUGUAUUUCUUUUUAAUCACUUGUUUGAAAUGUACACAUAUGACACACCUCUCAUAGGUCGUGUUUUUUUUUUUUUGCAAUGUUGAACAAAACAUUAGCACUUUCUUGAUUGUUUGAGUUUUCUUUCUUUUUCUGUUUUUUUUACAUUUACUGUGAAUCAUAGGGAGGAAAAUAAUUUAUUUAUGUGUUGGUUGCAAAAUGAAGUACCACUUUAUUUCUUUGUCAUCUCGAUCACAGUACGUUUACAUGCACUUCUGGGUUAUAAUAGUGAUCAUUUGUUUAUUUUUAUACUUGUGUCGCUGGUGUUCACUGAGAUGAUCUUAACAACUAUAGUGACAUGGGUAGGUUUAUGUCAAAUCCUGUGCUUUUUAGCCAUUUUCACAACAACGUGUGUCCCAGUUUCAUUUGGACAUGGGACUCAACACUGAAGUACGUGCAUAUUUUUGCUUGGUUUUGGAUUGAAAAGACCAGUUAUUUGGUGCCAUGCCCCUUCAUUUUCAAAUGUCUCCAAUGCUACUCCUUCCCUUUAUUGUAAAUCCCACUAAAAACAAAUAAUAGGAGAGAAAAUGAGCGGCAGAAAUGGAGGAGAGACCAAAUCUCUCAGAGGAGAAGGGCCCAUUAAGCGAGGCCCCUUUUCCUUCCAAAGAAUGCGCCCUGAGAUGAAGUGAGAUGAAAGAAGAAGAAAAAAAAAGGGGGUGAAAAACUGCUUUCUAUACUUUCUAAAGAUAGAUUUUUAUUCCCCUUUACUCCAAGAGGAGGCUAACGGGGAAACAGCUUGGUGUUUGGAUUGAAAGAAAGGAGAGUUUGGAAGGAGGAGAGCAGGUUGUUUCAAACCCAAAAGCUGAUGAAAGAAGUCUUUUUGGCAGAAUAGACUGUAUAAUGGAGAUGCACAUUAUUCAGUAUGUGCUGCAUUUAAACUCUAAAUCUCCACCGCGCCGUCGGAUUCAGCGUUUGAAAUGGUGGUUUGUCACUUUGCAGAUUCCCCCUGCAUGGACUGACUUCUUUACAUUGUGUCUCACGAUAUUUUCUUUCAUACUUUAAUCAACAAGCACUUUAGUUUUUUCUUUUUGUUCUUGCAUAUCCACUUUCUGCCUCCCCAGCACCCUCUCGCCUCCAUUUCAAUCGACUUGUGUAUGAUUUACACAUUAUAUGACUCAUUCUAGUGGGCCUGUGCUGUAACCCAAUCAAUGCGGGCUCUGAAAUUCAAAGAGAGGAAUGAUAUAUGACAGUAUUUAUGUUGUGCAACCCAUGCACUUUUCUUUCUCUCGCUCUCUCUCUCCCUCUCUCUCUCUCCCUCUACUUUUUUGCAAGAACCGGAAAGUGUGCUGGCGUCCCCUCAUGCGGCACUUUUAAAUCAAACCUUCGCUCACUUCCCUUUCCCUUCUCCAUCAUAGACUACUUUGAAGCGCUUUAAUAUUUCUAAUUAGUUAAUGGAGCUGAUUGCAUUCAUAAAACCCUGCAGUAAGCAUUUCUAGCCCUCAGGCCAUCUCAACUUUUCUUUCCCCUCCCCUCUCCUCCUCCUCCUCCUCCUCCUCCCCCUCCUCUUCCUCUUCUGUUUCCUUGAGAAAUAUUACAAAUGAAAGCACUAACAGGUCCUUGGGCCCCACUGGAACUGCACAUGGUGCCAAAGAGCUGUCCGUGUCUUUGCCUGAAUAAAAGAGCUCCUCUUUUCAUUUUGCUCUGUCCUAAUUGGAGAGCUGAGGUAAAAUUGGGCUACGGGGAAUUUUAAUCUCCUUUCAGAUCCACGUGAUGAUUCUUCUUAGGAUCGUAGCCCGAGGGCCUCGAGCCCAGAUCAUUAGAAAGUGCUCAACAGUCGUCCAGAAAGUGUCUUGUGUAUUUCUCUUCUCUUUUUUUUUCCAUGCUGCCUCUUUUGCUACCUCUCUAUUGAUGUUAUAAUGUUUCGUCAGGACCUGCAGUGUGUUCAGUUGACUGUGAGAAAGGUGGAUUUAGAGUCUGGCUCUGUCGUGAGACUAUAGAAUAUGACUUCACGUGCAGUCUUAAAUGACCUUUUAAUGAUGUUUUAAUAACACAUUAUCAUUUACAUUCUGACUGCUCUGUGCCAUAUUGAUUAGCUUAGCAGGAUUUGUUCUACCUAAGGGACUUACUGCCUGCACAACAACUUUAAUGCUUUUUUUUGUUCACAUUAAACAACGUGACACCAUUAUAUGAUUCUGUUAAGGCUACUGCCAACAGUUUUUUAAAUGGUCAACGUUGCAUGUGUUGAGAAGUCUGUCUCAUAUAGAUUUUUUAUAGGAAAAACCUAACUUGAGGAUGUCAUGUUUAUCAAUUCAUUUGAAUGAUGUUGCUGUUAAUCUUUCCUUCGUGCUCUUAAAGGAUCAGAAAGUUGUUGUUUUUUUUAUUAAGAUCUGUUAAAAGCAGGAAAGACUGAUCAUUCUUCAGGGUUUUUUUUAAAAUUAGUUUUCAGACUCUUCUCGUCUCACGUUUGAAGCGUUGAAGUGGUUCGUCACUUUCAGUUUGGUUGAUAAAAUAUUGGAAAAAGACAUUAAAGAUGGGUCCGUUUCUUUUGUUUGGUUUCAGAGGUCAAUUAUCUGUCAACAUUAUUGUCUUAAGAACUUAUUUGAUUUCAAGGAAAUCGUCUCGCUUUCAAUUCUUGUGCAAAUAUUUUAUUUCUCCGAUAGCAGGUGUUGUUUAAAAGUAUGCAUCUGUGGUUUUAAUGUACCAUCUGUAGACUACUGUAGGUUCAUAAAGUCUGUCUAUAGAUGAUUAAAUGUGGUGAUGCCACACGCUUAAAAUUGUCUUGUGGAGAAAUGACCCUACCUAACAGAGGAAAUGAGUCUCUGUAUCUUUUUUCAUAUGUACUAAAUUAGUUUUUCACCCCUUAUCGUUUUGAAUAUCUAUGAUGGUUUCACUUUAUAAUGUGUUUUUGCUCUCAUUGCCCUCGCAAUAAAUGGUUUUCCGCUGCCCAGGUAUCGCUCGGUUUUUCGUCACGAUCAUAACAGUAAUUUACUCGGAUGAAGCUGAAUUGAAGCAGAAUUGAGCCGACAAACCUUUCUCAGCCUUGCACUAUGGCCUGCCUCAGAUAUUUAAAGUGGUGAUUUAGCUUGUUACAUUUCAUGGUCUUGGAAAUGAAUGUGUCGUGGGGAAUGUGACGUUAAUAAAUGUGUUAUUUUUCUACUAAA